CAUCAUGGCCACCAAUUUGAUCGUAGCCUUGGCAUGCUUCGCCCUUUGCAAUGCCAGUCCUGUAUUUUUAAAGAGUUACAUAUUCCGUACCGGACGCGGUUAUUCGGUCGGUCAAGGUUACACUAACAAUGCCGGCGGUCGGGCGACAGGUUCAGCAACUAUUAAUGGGGGUGUUCUUCAGGCAUAUGGAACCGCAACCAAUGAUGGAUACAGUCAACUAGGAAAGAACGCUUUUGGCGUUCCCGGGGAGGCUGUAGCUAAGGCGGAAGUAUACAAUGGACCGGGGGGUCCUGCCAACGGAGAAGCUAAAGCUGAGGCACAAAACACACCAACCUAUUACGCCCUGCCUGAGCCAGCGACCAUCAUCUCUUACAAUCAAAAGUUUGAAACGCCUGCUGAAAUAAGAUACGAAUAUCCUGGAACCAUCGCACAAUCAUCUGCUGUUAUAAACGAUAAUUCUGAGUCGUCUAUCACUUCUGCUCGGGCCGAAGGUCCUGGUUCAGCGGAGUCUACUGCUAAGACCCAAGGUGUUGGUACAUAUGGAAUCACCUCAUCGAAUGCUAAAACUUUCGGAUCUGGUUUUGGGACUGCCUCUUCCAACGUCAACAAUGGCUACGGAGCUGUUAAUACCGCAGCAAAAACACAUGGAUAUGGAUCGGCUUCUUCAAAAUCAGAAAGUGCUCUAGGUUUGACAUCGGCUGCCACUAAAACAAAUGGUGGUUACGCAAGUUCAUCUGCCAACAAUGUUCUGGAUUCCGCGGUUGUAUCAGCUACUUCUCAAGGUAUUGCCUCAUCUAAGGCUGACAUCAACGCUGUUCAAGGAGUGAUUAUUAGCCCUGUAGAAACUAGCAACCUGCAGAGAACUGGCUGGCGAUUCGGAACAGCCUAUAACGUUCCAACUCCAGGACAAGCCCAAGUUUCCAGCCAAGCCAACGGAGGUUCUGCCAAGUCGACCGCUCACACAGACGGCGUUGUGACUACCGCUGAUGCGCAAGGCUACGGGUCUGCCAACGCCAAUGCUAAUUUACACGGUGCAUCCGUCAACUCAGCAGCCAACUCCAACGGCAUUCGUUAUGGAGCUACAAAAUAUGCUGCCGGCAAUGGAUAUGGAUCUGCUCACUCAACUGUUAACAAUGGUUUAGGCAACAUUAAAUCUUCAGCCAACUCUAACGGAUAUGGGAAUGCCAAUUCACAUGCUGAUGUCAACGAACAAGGCUCUCUUUUAUCGGUUUCAAACUCCAACGGCCAAGGAACCGCUGCCUCAAGUGCGAAUUCUGCACCAUCUUAUGCCUUCCGAGGACUUCCAUACUCCUUCAACCCACAAACAAGCGUGAACACUCAGACGUCUGGUCAAGGAUCAGCUUCCGCUAGGACUCAGGGUCUGAACUCUGGAUACAGGACGGUUAACUCUGCUGCUAACUCUUUUGGACAUGGAACCGCACAAGCCAAUGCUAGAGCCUAAAUUGAGUGUGCCUAAGUCACAAAUAACAUCAAGACGACUUUCAAGUUUCAAAUCACACAAAUGCCUUAACUUGUCUUGAUGUA